UGCCAAGAUGACGAACAACUCUGCAGAUCACCAUCCUGGGAACUCGGUUGCUGAGGGCAACCAUGAGGGGGACUUUGGUUGCUCCGUAAUGGACCUGCGGAACCUCAUGGAACUUCGCAGCUCAGAGGCAGUCAACAGGAUAAAUGACACCUAUGGGGGAGUGCAUAAUAUUUGCAAGAGAUUGAAGACCUCGCCAGUGGAAGGCCUGUCUGGGAACCCUGCCGAUCUCGAGAAAAGAAGGCAAGCAUUUGGCCAGAACUUCAUCCCACCAAAAAAGGCCAAAACCUUUCUACAGUUGGUUUGGGAAGCACUUCAGGAUGUCACAUUGAUCAUCUUGGAAAUUGCAGCCAUAAUCUCCCUGGGUCUUUCUUUCUAUCACCCUGUUGGUGGCGACAAUGAUCAGUGCGGGCAAGCAACAGGUGGAGCAGAGGACGAGGGCGAGGCCCAGGCUGGCUGGAUUGAAGGAGCAGCUAUCCUCUUCUCAGUCAUCAUUGUGGUGCUGGUUACAGCCUUCAAUGACUGGAGCAAAGAGAAGCAGUUCCGGGGCCUCCAAAGCCGCAUCGAACAGGAGCAGAAGUUCACAGUCAUCCGCAAGGGGCAGGUGAUCCAAAUCCCCGUGGCUGAGAUUGUGGUGGGGGACAUUGCUCAGAUCAAGUAUGGGGACUUGUUGCCAGCAGAUGGGAUCCUGAUCCAAGGCAAUGAUCUGAAAAUUGAUGAGAGCUCUCUGACUGGGGAAUCAGAUCAAGUGAAGAAGUCUCUAGAGAAGGACCCCAUGCUGCUUUCUGGUACUCAUGUGAUGGAAGGCUCUGGUCGAAUGUUGGUCUCAGCUGUGGGUGUCAACUCACAAACUGGAAUAAUUUUCACUCUUCUGGGAGCAGGAGAAGAUGAGGAGAAGAAGACCAAGAAAGGUAAAAAACCAGGAGUCCCUGAAAAUCGCAACAAAGCAAAAACUCAGGACGGCGUGGCCCUGGAGAUCCAGCCACUGAAAAGCCAAGAAGGGGUGGAAAACGAGGAGAAGGAGAAGAAGAAAGUGAAGGUCCCGAAGAAGGAGAAGUCUGUACUGCAGGGGAAGCUCACCCGCUUGGCAGUUCAGAUCGGAAAAGCAGGACUGAUCAUGUCAGCCAUCACCGUCAUUAUCCUGGUGCUGUAUUUUGCGAUUGACACCUUUGGGAUUCAGGGAAAGAGCUGGGUGGCUGACUGCACCCCUAUCUACAUCCAGUAUUUUGUCAAGUUCUUCAUCAUUGGUGUCACCGUGCUAGUAGUGGCUGUGCCCGAGGGCUUGCCUUUGGCUGUCACCAUCUCUUUGGCUUACUCUGUGAAGAAAAUGAUGAAAGAUAACAAUUUGGUUAGGCACCUGGAUGCUUGUGAGACCAUGGGCAAUGCGACUGCUAUCUGCUCAGACAAGACUGGUACUCUCACCAUGAACCGUAUGACUGUGGUGCAGGCCAAUGUGGGUGACACCCACUACCGACAGAUCCCUGACCCUGAAGCCAUCCUUCCUAAGAUCCUGGACCUCAUUGUCAAUGGUGUUGCCAUCAACUCUGCUUAUACUUCCAAAAUCCUGCCACCAGAAAAGGAAGGGGGCCUCCCACGCCAGGUUGGAAACAAGACGGAAUGUGCACUUUUGGGCUUUGUUCUGGACUUGAAACAGGAUUAUCAAGCAGUCCGCAAUGAGAUACCUGAGGAAAAACUCUACAAGGUCUACACCUUCAAUUCAGUCCGCAAGUCCAUGAGUACUGUGCUGAAGAAUCCCGAUGGAAGCUUCCGCAUGUACAGCAAAGGAGCAUCUGAGAUCAUCCUGCGCAAAUGCACGAAGGUCUUGGACAAGGAUGGGGAACCCCGAAUAUUUAAAGUGAAGGAUCGGGACGAGAUGGUGAAAAAAGUGAUUGAGCCGAUGGCUUGCCAAGGGCUGCGUACAAUUUGUCUGGCCUACCGGGAUUUCCCUGCUGCUGUUGAGCCUGAUUGGGAUGUUGAGAAUGAGAUCCUGUCUGACCUUACUUGCAUCACUGUGGUGGGCAUUGAGGACCCAGUUCGGCCAGAGGUGCCUGAAGCCAUCCAGAAGUGCCAGCGUGCUGGUAUUACAGUCCGGAUGGUUACAGGUGACAACAUCAACACAGCACGUGCCAUUGCCACCAAGUGUGGGAUCUUAUUGCCUGGGGAGGACUUCUUGUGCCUGGAAGGGAAAGAAUUCAACCGGCUGAUCCGCAAUGAGAAAGGAGAGGUGGAACAAGAGCAACUGGAUAAGGUCUGGCCCAAGCUGCGAGUCUUGGCCCGUUCUUCCCCCACCGAUAAACACACGCUUGUGAAAGGUAUUAUUGACAGCACCAUUGGAGAACGAAGGGAGGUGGUAGCUGUGACUGGGGAUGGCACCAAUGAUGGCCCAGCCUUGAAGAAAGCAGAUGUGGGCUUUGCUAUGGGCAUUGCUGGCACAGAUGUCGCUAAAGAAGCCUCAGACAUCAUCCUGACAGAUGAUAACUUUACAAGUAUUGUCAAGGCAGUGAUGUGGGGACGCAACGUGUAUGACAGCAUCUCCAAAUUCCUGCAGUUCCAGCUAACGGUCAACAUAGUUGCUGUCAUUGUGGCUUUCACGGGUGCUUGCAUCACACAGGACUCUCCUCUCAAGGCUGUCCAGAUGUUGUGGGUAAACUUGAUCAUGGAUACCUUUGCCUCAUUAGCCCUUGCCACAGAACCCCCAUCAGAAUCCUUGCUCUUGCGCAAGCCAUAUGGCCGCAACAAGCCGCUUAUUUCCCGCACCAUGAUGAAGAACAUCCUGGGACACGGUGUGUACCAGCUCACCAUUAUCUUCACGUUGCUCUUUGCAGGUGAGAAGUUUUUUGAUAUUGACAGUGGCCGGAAUGUUCCACUCCAUUCCCCACCUACUGAACACUACACCAUCGUCUUCAACACUUUUGUCAUGAUGCAGCUUUUCAAUGAGAUUAAUGCUCGUAAAAUCCACGGCGAGAGGAAUGUCUUUGAUGCCAUUUUCCGCAAUCCCAUCUUCUGCACGGUGGUGCUGGGAACCUUUGUUGCCCAGAUCAUCAUUGUUGAAUUUGGUGGGAAGCCGUUCAGCUGUUCGGGGCUUACCUUGAGUCAGUGGUUCUGGUGUAUUUUCAUUGGUGUAGGCGAACUUCUUUGGGGACAGGUGAUUUGCACCGUUCCAACCAACCAGCUGAAGUUCCUGAAGGAGGCAGGACAUGGCACUACCAAGGAGGAUAUUGCAGAGGAACAACUGAGGGAGGGUCUAGAUGAAAUUGACCAUGCUGAAAUGGAGCUCAGACGGGGACAGAUCCUGUGGUUCCGGGGCCUCAACAGAAUACAGACUCAGAUGGACGUAGUUUACACAUUCCAGACCGGCGCCUCCUCUUUACAGGGAGCCCUCAGGAGACAGCCUUCCAUCGUGAGCCAACACCACGAUGUAAAAAAUGUUUCUAGCCCAACCCAUAUCAAAGUGGUGAAUGCAUUCCGUAGCUCCUUGUAUGAAGGCCUCGAGAAACCCGAAUCCAGAAGCUCCAUUCAUAACUUCAUGACUCACCCAGAGUUCAUCCUGGAGGAAGACGAGCCUCGGACCCCAUUCCUCGAUGACGCUGAAGAAGACCCGGAAGAUGAAGAACUCAAAAAGCAAAGUGGAGAGAGCCCAGGCGAGUCCUCACCCCUCAACAAAAAUAACAAUGCAGUGGACGGCGAUAUAGCUGAGGACACCAUUCCAGAUCCGGAAAGCCCUUUACACAGCUUGGAAACAUCGGUUUGACCUCUGAACUUUGAUCUUCCUCCUGCUUUGUUCCCCCUCAUGCAACAUAGGCACCUACAUUUGACCACACACUGCGGCCACUUCCUUUCUAGGGGUCAUACAUAUAUAUGCCUAUAAUUCCUUGCCCCUUUCUCCUUUAAUGAUAAUUUAGUUGUAGGAACCACAGAACCACAUGGUCAGAGUUUUACUGCUUAACAGUGAUUUGGGCAAAGGUGCCUCUCUCAAGUGAGAAACCACCACGUUAAUACAUUUUCUCCUUGAGCAG